AUGGCCCUUACCCCUCUCCGCACUGUUGCAAAUCGUGCUGGCCAACUGGCGCUCGAUAGUGGACCCAGAAAACAGAAUCGUCCUUGUCCUUUGGGGUUUCCAACUGGUGUGUUGCGCAGCAUGUUGGCUUUGAGACUUUGGCAUCCAGACGGAAGAUGGCUGGCGUUCGCCGACAAACGCCUUGUGUCGUGGUGGCGUUCGGUGGGCGGAAGCGACGAGGGAGGCGCCCAUGGCUCGUACACGGCAAGCGUGCUGCACGCGGCCAUGUCACUCGGCAAGGGACUGCGAGGCCUCAGUGCACACUUGACUCAGACAACCUCAGCCUCGGCCUCAGCUUCCUCGCCGACACUCGUCAACGGCACAGACGCCAACGCAACGCCUGGUGUGGUCACUGUCAUCGAUAUUCAGGGCAACUCGUGGCAGAACGGAGGUGGUGGAGCGGGCGCCCUUGGCGAGAACAUAGUGGCGCACUUUGUCGCCCACCACAUGGAGCCGCUAGUGGCGUUGGCCUUCGACCCGAGUGGCAUGCUGCUGUUGACAGUUGACAAGCGAGGCCACCGCUUCCAUUUGUUUCGCAUUCAGCCACAUCUCAGUGGAUCCAGUAUGAGUGAGGUGCAUCAGCUCUAUACGCUCUACAGGGGCGAUACGACGGCGCGUAUCCAGGACGUGGCGUUCUCGUGUGACUCGCGUUGGGUGUCCGUGAGCUCGAUGCGUGGCACAACUCACAUAUUCCCAUCACACCGUACGGAGGCUCCAUUGGUGUACGCACACACACUACACCGCAUGUUGUCAACAAAUUGUCACGGUUUCACCGUAGCGCAGGCCUGUCAGAGCGUCGUGACGGCGGUGGACGCAACAGCCCUGUGGGCAGUGGACACCACAGCGACGCGGGUGGGGGCGCCACGCCAGGGGUAGCUCCGCCCCUAACUCCGCCCCUGUCACAGCGCAGCCUGCACCAGCACCCCCAUUCACCAGUGGUGGUGCAGCCGCUAGCUCAACUGAAGCGACAUCAGCCGAUGCCUUCCCCGGCACAGACUGCUCAGGGCAGUCCUACGGCCAGUGGUGAUUGUGAAGCCGC